GGUGGCGGCCGCGUGGAGGUGCCACGCAGCGUGACGGCCGUGCUGGGCCAGGACGUGGUGCUGCCGUGCCGGUACCGGGCGCAGGAGCAGGAGCAGGUGGUGCAGGUGACGUGGCUGAAGCGCGGGCCGGGCUCGGUGGCCACCGAGGUGGCCGUGCUGAACCCGCAGCACGGCGAGCACGUGCAGGAGCCCUUCGUGGGGCGCGUCCUGCGCCACGGCCACGGCGACCUCGAGGACGGUGCCAUCCUCCUGCGCAACGCCGUGCAGGGCGACGAGGGCGACUACGAGUGUCACCUCAUCACCUUCCCCAUGGGCAACUUCGAGGGGCGGCUCACGCUCAGGGUGCUGGUGCCACCGCUGCCCAUCCUGAACCCUGGCCCGCCGCUGGAGGAGGGCCAAGGCCGGACGCUGGCGGCUUCGUGCACGGCCGAGGGCAGCCCGGUGCCAUCGGUGCGCUGGGAGACCGAGGUGCGUGGCACCAAUGCCACGCGGCGCUCGGCCCACGCCCGCUCGGCCUCGGUCACCAGCGAGUUCUUCCUGGUGCCCGGGCGCAGCAUGAACGGCAAGAGCCUCACCUGCGUGGUGGCACACCCCGGCCUGCGCCACGAGAAGAGGAUCACGCACCUGCUCAGCGUCGCCUACCUGUCGGAUGCGUCCGUACUCGGCCACACGGCCGAGUGGCAGGAGGGCAUGGAGGGGGCGGCGCUGACCUGCCUGGGGGAUGGCAACCCCCCCCCGACCUACAACUGGACACGGGUGGACGCGCCGCUGCCCGCGGGUGUCAGGGCCAAGGGGGACACGCUGCUGUUCCAGCGGCCCUUGGCCGUGGCCGAUGCUGGCGACUACGUGUGCCGAGUGUCCAACCGCGUGGCCGCCAAGGAGGCCCGGGCCAACGUCAGCAUCCGGGGACGUGCCACAGAGGACCCCGUGCGCCGCGUGGACCUGGUGUCGGCCUCGGUGGUCGUGGUCGGGGUCAUCGCCGCCGUCCUGCUCUGUGUCCUCGUCAUCGUCGUCGUGGUCAUGACCCUGUACCACAAACGCAAGACCCAGCGCAUCUCCGAGAAGUACGAGGAGGAGCUGACGCUGACCCGGGAAAAUUCCAUCCGGAGGCUCCACUCCAGCCACAGCAGCGACCCCCGGGCACAGCUGGAGGAGACGCUGCAGCUGCGGACGGAGAGUCGCCAGGGCAGCCUGCGAGGGGACAGCCUGCGAGGGGACAGCCUGCGUGGCACCAGCAUCUGCUCUGCCAUGAGCGAGGAGCCCGAGGGCCGCAGUUACUCCACGCUGUCCACGGUGCGGGAGAUCGAGACGCAGACGGACGUUCCCGUUGUCGUCCCCGUUGUCCCCUCGACGCUGCCGCCGCCGCCGGACCCGGCCGGGAAGGAGCCCAAGGAGGAGGAGGAGGAGGGGGGCGGCGGGGGGGACCCCAUCAAGCAGGCCAUGACCCACUUCGUGCAGGAGAACGGGAUGCUGCAGGCCAAGCCCAGCUCCAACGGCAUCUACAUCAACGGCCGUGGCCACCUGGUGUGAGCCGGGCACCGGGGGGACACCUGGGGACAGUCAGGGGACAGCCAGGGGACAGCCAGCCCCACCCCGCUCCCGCCCGGCUCUGCCCCCGCUGCUCCG